AUGAUGUUUGCUGCCUUUUCGCCAAGCAAAAUAGCAAUGUACCGUUUUUUUGUUUUCGGUUUGUCCUUUCUAGCAAUAGCAGCGUCGUUCCCUCUUUACAAAAGAGCUGAUCUGGAUGUCGACAUUUUACAAUUCGCUCUCACUUUAGAGCGAUUGGAAAACAAGUUUUACAAGGAAGCGCUAUCUAUGUGGUCUGUGGACGACUUUGUCGACGCGAAUUUUACGGAGGACUUUUACACGCAGCUGAAGUACAUUGCGCACGACGAGGAAGCACACUUACUAUUUCUCGAGCAGGUUAUCAAAGCAGCGGGAGCAGAGCCUGUUCAGGCAUGUACAUAUAACCUUCCUCUAGAUAGCCCUGUCAGUUUUGUCCAAAGUAUAGCAGCUUUUGAAGGCGUGGGCGUAUCUGCUUAUCUGGGUGCAGCUUCGCUGAUCUCCUCAAAAAAAUACCUUACAGCGGCAGGCUCAAUUUUGAGCACUGAAGCUAUUCAUCAAGCUGCGGCUCGUAAUGCCAUUGGCGAAAUUCCCAUGGCAAAUCCGUUCGCGACGCCGCUGAGUGCUAAUGCAAUCUACUCGAUUGCCUCCAAGUUUAUCAAGAGCUGCCCUGCCAAUAACACAAAGCUGCCUUUCAAAGCCUAUCCCGAGCUUUUAGUUACGCAGGGGCUGCCAACUGCUAUGAACUCGUCUAUAACAUUUGCCAGUAAUGGUACACUACCAAACUCAACUCAGAUCUACGUGACGUUUGUGAGCGGCCUUGAUGUUAUCCCAGUCGUUGGCUCAAGAAAUGGCAGUUCGAUAAGAGCAACCGUUCCCGAAGAUGUUUCUGGCCAAUCUUAUGUGUUUUUGACUACUGGUAAUUCCAGCAACUUGACAGACUCUAAUAUCCUGUAUGGACCUGCAAUCAUCGAGGUUACACCUUCAAGCCCCACGUUCAACGUGUCUAUCUUUUGA